UUUAAACAGAUGAGUCUGAUGAAAGUUUAUAGUAAGGCAUAUUUUUUUAAUGUUAUAAAUGCAUCAUAGCCAGAUAUACACCAAGCACCCAGUUUGCCCAAAACAUCUCAAUUUAACCAGCCCAGAGAAAAAACGAGAUGACCAAAAGGACUUUGUGACCUUGUGCAGAUUUAUAAAUGAAAUAGAAAAGUUCAAAGGAGGAUCUCACCAACUGCCACAGUUGAUAAAUUCUAUUCAAAUAGCUUGUAAAACCGUAGCUCUGACAUUGAGGAAGUCAGGAGUAGCUCAAAUACAAUCUCUUGGACUUUCUAAGCAACUAAACCUUAUUGAAAUUAAGAGGCUUGAGAAAUAUUUCAAUGAAGUGUUCAUUAAUUUAUUAACAAACACUUAUGCUGUCUGCUUAAUUGGAUGCAAUGAUUGUGAUGAAGUGAUCCGGGUUGACGCAGAGCGAGCCGGAAAGUACAUAGUUAUUUUCAAAGCAUCUGAUGCUUCUAUGAAUGUUGAUGCAUCACUUUGCCUCGGGACAACAUUUAUAGUGCUGAAGAAAAAAGGUGCUACUCGAAUAGAAGAAAGAGACCUGUUACAACCUGGGCAAAAAAUCAUUGCUGCUGGAUACACAUUGUACGGUUUUUCAACAGAAAUGGUCAUUGCAGUUGAAGGGAACGUUGUCAGCGGUUUCACCUUAGAUAAUUCAAUCGGUGAAUUUAUACUGACCUCUGAAAAUAUAGAGAUUCCUAAGAUGGGAAAAAGCUACUGCGCCGAUGAAGGAUUUGCACAUUCAUGGGAUCCAAAUCUGGUGAAUUACCUGAACAAAAAAAAGUCAGAGAAGGCUGGAAGUUUGGCUUGGUCUGCAAGAUAUACUGGUUCUUUUGUAGCUGACGCACACAGGACUCUAAUGUUUGGUGGCAUGUUUAUCAGUCCUCCAAUAAAGGACUACCCUAAAGGAAAGAGCAAGCUCAUGUUUGACUGCAACCCGAUUGCAUUUAUAAUGACACAAGCUGGAGGAUACGCUUCAAAUGGAAAAGUUCUAAUCGGUGAAAUUGUCCCUGAAAAACUUCAUGAAAGAUCGCCAAUUUACUGUGGAUCACCAGAUGAUGUCAAAGAACUUGUGAAAUCGCUUAAACAAUUCUAAAAAAUAAUU